AGAAAGGAAAUGAGAUUUUAAUAGUUUCACAGUUACACCCAACCAACCAGAAUGCAUCUCUCUUUAAAAACCUACAGGCUACAACAAGAAGAAGCAAGUGAAAUCCCUCUCCCUCACUAACUCUUCUUGGUCUGCACUUAAACCUGAGAAUCCUUGUUUGUGAGAGGGGGUACUUCUGUGUGUCAUUUCAGUUAGUUCAGUAGCGAUGGCGAUGGCCAGGUUUGUUGAUGUAAUGCUCUUGGUGCUUCUCGCAGCCUCCAUUCUUGAAGCUCAUCAGUUGCAGGUAUCAGCCAAGGAGAUGCAGUACCACUUGGACAGUAGCCGAUAUGGACCGGGGAGUCUGAAAAGCUACCAAUGCCCAUCGCAAUGCUCAAGGAGGUGCGGGAAGACGCAGUACCACAAGCCAUGCAUGUUCUUCUGCCAAAAGUGCUGCAGGAAGUGCCUAUGUGUUCCCCCUGGCUACUACGGCAACAAGGCCAUCUGCCCUUGUUACAACAACUGGAAGACCCAGCAGGGUGGCCCUAAGUGCCCUUAAUUUCACAGACAACGCUUGCAGGGUCCUUACCUAAGGCAAAGAGAGAGAGUUAAUAAACUACCAGCAAGACAGAGAAAGGGCAGAAACUAAAGGACAAUACAUCGUUGUUCACUCUUUCUUCUUCUUCUUCUUCUUCUGCAGUCUUUUAGACUCUCUUUUCUACUGCUACUAAUUAGUUUUACUACUCACUCCUACAUUGGCUCUGCUCUUGUUAGUUAAAUCCGACGCUCCUUGGAAUAGUGUCUCUAUUAUAUUUGUUCUGUUUCCUUAUUUUAAUGAAUAAAAAUGCCAUUUUCUUUCUUCA